AUGGGUAAAAUAUCGAAAAAAAAGGAAUCCAAAAAAAGUAUAUUGGCAUUUCCUAUAGAUAAUAAUAAAAUUACUGAUUUAAAUAACGAUCUAAAUAAUCAAAAGGAUAUGACUAGUGAAGAUAUUUUACCUGUGAUUAAGCAGAAUCUUAUAAGAUCACUAAUAGAAAGAUUAACAGAUAAUGUUUAUGAAGUGAUUUUUGAAGUAAUCGGAACAUUAAGAAAUCUAACAGUUGUAGGAGAAUAUGAUAUCUGUGCAGAAAUGUUUAAUAAAAAUAUUCUUACACCAUUGAUAACAUUAAUACCAAAAAUUUCUGUUGUAAUUAAUAAUAUAUUAAAAGGCAUUCCUCAAGAAUCGGAUCCAUUUGUAGCCGCUAGAUCAACGAUUUGGAAGUUUGCAGAAAAUAUUAUUUGCAUAUUUUGGUCUUUAAGUGAGACAUCACAAAAGAUUCUGAGAAGCAUUAACAAUGCAAAUAUUAUUUCAUUCCUUUUAGCUUUUUUUACACCAUCAGAAUUAAUUCCUACUCAAACUAUUAUUGCUGCAGCACAAUGUCUUAACACCCUUACAGACGAGAAUCCAGAUAUUUAUUUUCAUUUUAAAAAUAAUCCAGAAUAUUUAAAAUUACUUUAUUAUCAUAUUAAUUCUGAAAUUGGUGAUAAUAAAACGAGCGAUGAUCAUUUGAAUGUUAAAGUUUUGUCAUGUGGAAUUCUUUCAAAUAUUCGAUCAAUCCUAUCACCUUCACUAUUACCAUCCUUAUUUUCCGAUAUAAAUUUUUAUAUAAUUCCUGUGUUGAUACCAUGUUUAUCUUUUGAUAUUCAAAAAUGUGCUGAAGAUGCAAUUGAAACUGCUAAUAACAUUGAAACAUCUGACACUCUCAUAAAAGGUUCAAAGGAUGCUAUAACACCAACACCUAAAGAGGUGAAGUUAAAUUUCAUUAAUUCUAAAUUAACCAAUUUACAACUUGUACUUGAAUUAAUAUCAAAAAUUUGUUUAGAAAUCUUAGUGAAUAGGUUGAAUGGUUACGAAAAAAAAUAUAAUAAAGCGGCAGUAAAAGUUGAAAACAUGGAGGAUGAUACACCUAUGCUUGACACAGAAAACUCUAUUAUUGAUAACGACAAUGACAAAAUAUUAUAUAGUCAAAAAAAAUCGAUUCUAGAAACAUUCACAACGAUAAUACUGCCAGCAUUAAUUCGGUUGGCCGCACCAACAAAACUUUCUUUUCAAGAACAAAUGGGCCCCAAUGUUAUGCCACCACCUACAAUUGCACCUAUUAUAACAUCCUCGCUAGCAAUUAUACAUCUUCGAGCAAUUGAAUGUAUGAAUAAUUUUUUUUUGUCUAUGAUAGACUUUGAGGACAAGUUUUGGUAUGAUCAACAUAAAGAUGAUGUUAAACAAUUAUCAAUAACGCUGAUUGAUUUGGCUAACCAGGUAGCUGGUAAAGGUGUUAAAGUUGGAGCUGAGGAUCCAGGACAAGAGAUGAGAGGCUCUAUUUUGGAAGCUUUGGUUGGAUGUCUAUGGACUUUGGCAAGAGGUUUAGAUGGAUAUGUUCCAUUUUCCGAAGCUCAAAUAGAAACAUUUAUUGUUUCGUACCAUCAUUCUAUAUCAGAUAGUAUGCGAGUAAAAAUAAUCGGUACUUUAGGUGUCGUUGCAAGAAGACAAAAUGCCGUUAAAGAAAACAAAAUCAUUGGAGAUUUUAUGAUAAAUGUACUUCAAAAUCUACCACCAAAUGGUUCAACUAUAUUAGAUUGUGCUAUUGAAGCAUUGAAUGCUAUUUAUGACAUUUAUGCAGACAAGAAUUUUGAUUAUGAUCAAUACGUGUUUGUACAAGGAAAUUAUUUGAAUUUAUUACAAAAUAUAAUGGAUCCGUUUCGUGUGAUGGUCAAAUCUAUUGAUAAACGCAAUUUUCGCGAUCAAAGAUUAAGGGCAGAUGAAGCUUUAAUCAAUCUUGUUGCAUUUAUUAAAUAUAAAAAGGAGGAACGAAAUUAA